ACUGAUUUACAAACGGUACCGACCUCUCGACUCUGCCAUGUCGCGGUGCAGUCAAAGAUCGUUAAUGUUUUCUUAAUUAAUUAAUGAAUGAAUGUAAAAUUUUUUUUGUAAUAAAAUAUUGAAGAAUUAAAGAAGGCAGAAAUUGGAUAGAAACAAUGGUAUUAUUAAUUCAAUCAGCGACGUCACGUCUGGGACAUCGCUUGUCACGAUCAUGCCGAUCGUUAUGUAGCGAAACACUGAAUGCAACGGGUCAUGUGACGUCGUCUAUUUCCGGAGACCUUGAUAGGGCCCAAUCGUAUGAUCUUGUACCAGGCCCGAAACCUAUACCGAUUUUGGGCAACACGUGGCGCCUUCUACCAGUCAUAGGUCAAUAUCAGAUAUCGGACGUGGCUAAAAUAUCUCAAAUGUUUUAUGACGAAUAUGGAAAAAUCGUUAGACUGACUGGUCUGAUUGGUAGGCCUGAUUUAUUAUUUGUCUACGAUGCCGAUGAAAUUGAAAAAAUAUAUAGACAAGAGGGACCCACGCCGUUUAGGCCAUCUAUGCCGUGUCUUGUUCACUACAAGAGUGAGGUUAGGAAGGACUUUUUUGGAAAAUUGCCUGGAGUUGUUGGAGUACACGGGGAACCGUGGAGGGAAUUUCGUACGCGGGUCCAAAAACCAGUUUUACAACCUCAAACUGUACGGAAAUAUAUUGGGCCUAUCGAGGUGGUCACUGAUGAUUUUAUUCAGAGAAUUGAAAAAAUUAAAAGGGACGAUUGUGAACUUCCGGCUGAUUUUGAUAAUGAAAUACAUAAAUGGGCUUUGGAGUGUAUUGGCAGAGUUGCGCUCGAUGUCAGACUUGGAUGCCUUGGUGAUAAGUUACCGCUAGAUUCCGAACCGCAGAAAAUCAUUGAUGCGGCAAAGUAUGCUUUGAGGAACGUCGCCGUUUUGGAAUUAAAGGCGCCAUUUUGGAGAUACAUUCCUACGCCACUUUGGACGAGAUACGUGAAAAAUAUGAAUUAUUUUAUCGAAAUUUGCAUGAAGCAUAUAGACGUCGCGAUGGAAAGAUUGAAAACCAAAAAAGCUUUGAGCGAGUUGGAUCUGUCGUUAAUCGAAAGAAUUCUGGCAAAAGAAUCUGAUCCAAAAAUGGCAUAUAUUUUGGCUCUUGAUCUAAUACUAGUCGGAAUAGAUACGAUUUCAAUGGCAGUAUGUUCCAUUUUGUAUCAAUUAGCAAUCAGACCGGAAGAACAAGAAAAGAUUUAUCAAGAAUUAAAAAUGAUACUUCCGGAUCCCACCGUGUCGUUAACAACAAAACAUUUGGAUCAAGCAGUAUAUACAAAAGCAUUCGUCCGUGAAGUGUUCCGAGUAUACUCCACUGUCAUUGGCAAUGGUCGUACCUUGCAACACGACACUGUCAUCUGCGGUUACAAAAUACCAAAAGGUGUCCAAGUAGUUUUCCCCACAUUGGUAACCGGAAAUAUGGAAGAAUACGUAACGGAUUCAAAAACCUUCAAACCUUCUCGUUGGAUAAAAAACGAUAAUAAUGAAAAAUUGCACCCAUUCGCAUCAUUGCCUUAUGGUUAUGGCGCCCGAAUGUGUCUGGGCCGAAGAUUCGCCGAUUUAGAAAUACAAGUCUUACUAGCAAAGCUCAUCCGCUCUUACAAAUUGGAAUAUCAUCACCAGCCUCUAAAGUACAAAGUGACUUUCAUGUACGCACCUGACGGUGAACUCAAGUUCAAAUUAACUAAGCGAUAAUUAAUGUGAAUACUAUCCUUGACAUAUAUUCAUGUUAUAUAUGGACACAAUGUUAAUAGUCGUAUACGAAACAAUGUAUAUAAAUAUUAUUAAAUAAUAUAAAAAUCACUAGGACAUACUCGUGAUGUAUAAAAUGUUUAUUAAAGUAAAAAAAUUAAUAUUAAAACAA